AUGGCCCAUCCCUCGACUUGCCCGCCCCUGACACGCGAGUCGGUGCUGGAGGCGCAUCGGCUGGUUGCACCGCACGUGCACCGGACACCCGUGGUCACUUGCCGGACCUUGUCGGAGCUGGCGUCUCGGCCCCGCUCCCCCGCCGACCUCGCCGGCACCCCGUGGGCCGGCCGCACCCCGGCCCGGCCCCGCUUCCGUUUGUGGUUCAAGUGCGAGAACUUGCAGCGUGUUGGUGCUUUCAAAGUGCGCGGCGCCUUUCAUGCCCUGUUAAGGCUCAUGCGUGAGGAGGGCUGGCUUGAGGGCGGUGGCCGAAGCAAUGGAGUUGUGACGCAUAGCUCAGGCAACCAUGCUCAAGCACUCGCCCUCGCGGCGAAAGAACUAGGCCUCCCGGCCCACGUCGUUAUGCCAAGCAUCUCGGCGACGCCCAAGAUUGCCGCAACGAAAGACUACGGCGCCAACGUGGUCUUCUCCGGCAGCACGAGCGAGGAGCGCGAGGCCGUGACCGCUCGCGUCAUGGCCGACACGGGCGCCCGCCUCGUGCCCCCUUACGAUCACCCGGACAUUAUCCUGGGGCAGGGCACCAUGGGCCUCGAGCUGCAGGACCAGGGGACCGACGGCCUCGACGCCAUCAUGACGCCCUGUGGCGGAGGAGGCAUGCUCUCAGGCGUCGGCCUCUCAUGCGAAGGAACAGGCAUCCUCGUCUUCGGCGCUGAGCCGUCUUUCCAAGGCGCCGACGACGGCCGCCGCGGGUACUAUUCGCAUCAGCGCGUGGAGGCCGUCUCGAGCCUGACUAUAGCUGACGGCCUACGGACCCCCGUGGGCCACCAUCCGUGGGCCAUCAUCCACGAUCGCGGUCUCGUCUCGGGCAUGUUCAGCGUCUCCGAGGCCGAGAUCCUCGCCGCCAUGCGCCUCCUCUUCGAGCGCGCCAAGCUCUUUGUCGAGCCCAGCGCCUGCGUCGGCCUCGCCGUCGCCCUCUUCAACGAGGACUUUCGCGCGACGGUUGAGCAAAGCGCCGGCGAUCGCGGCUGGGAUCUUGGGCUUGUCUUGAGUGGUGGAAACGUCGGCCUUGACGCGCUGUCUGCAAUGUUUGCCGAGGAGCUGCGGCCAUAG